CUCAUUACCGAACAGCUUUCCCAGUUUCCCUCUUCAUUUUCCUCCCGCGUUUUCUCUCCCCCUCUCUCUUUUUCAUUUCUCGCACGAAACAGCACACGGAUAUCAUCAAUCCACUGAAACAGCACUUGGAUUCUUCACAAGAAUCACUCUGAUCUGGACCGAUUUUCAGACGAGCUUCUUCUCCAAGGCUGGCCGUUCAUCUUGGGUUUUGUAUAGCACAACAUAAGAACCAACGACGAGCUGUUUACACACGCUCCAACGACCAGCGACCUCACCGAGCUCCAAUUAGACCCCCCACAAACACCAGAGGUUCUGUCAGCUCGAUUGAAGCGGCGGUGGUUUCAUCUCUUCUGAGGAGUUCAUGUCCGUUCCUGAAUUCGCCGUCAACCCUCUCUCCCAGAGAUUGUUGAGGAUGUUGGACGGAUUGAACUUUAAGGAAUUCGUGGCAUUCUUGUCCGCAUUCAGUCCCCGUGCGACUUUACAACAUAAAAUUGAGUUUAUUUUUAGAGUUUAUGAUUCGGAUGGCAAUGGAGGCGUUGCGAUGAAUGACAUGCUCGAAGUUUUGCGGGACUUGACAGGACAAUAUAUAUCUGAACAACAGAGGGAGCAAGUUCUGACCCAAGUCCUUGAGGAAGCAGGCUACACAAAGGAUUCUUUGUUAGUUUUGUCGGACUUCAUGAAGUGCAGCUUGAAGAGAUUAAAAAAAAAAAUAUGAGCAAGUUGGAAGAACACAGCGAUGGGCAACAGCAACAAAGAUGAAUUUUUGACUUGAGGCUGUAUUUUUUAACUUAAAAAGCUGUAUUUUUUAACUUAAGAAGCUGUAUUUGUGAAGUUUAUUUGUAUAGCGAUCAAAAACUCUGAUUUGUCUAGCUUCCAGGAACUUUGUUAAUCAUACAGGGAAUAUAAUUAUUUGUGAUGCAAUACUGUCCAGAUGGAGCUUAUACCAAAUUUAACUACCAUAUAAGUUAAUUGUGGA